AUGAAUGUAAUAAAGUGUUCUGUAAUAAUCCAACUCUCAUGGUCCAUAAAAUGUCAGAAAAAAAGAGAAAACUUUUAUGAGUUUAAUGAAUAUGAAAAAAACUUUGAGAAGUCCACUUUCUUGAAACAUAGAGUUCAUUUGGAGGUGAAACAUUAUAAAUAUUUUGAAAGUGUAGGUAAUUUUAACAGAUCAAGCUUUCCUAACUCAAGAGAGAAAAUAUUUGAAAGUAACAAAUCAGGGGAACCUUUGUACGGGAAGUCAGUACUUAAUGUAACUCAGAGAUCACACAGAGGAGGAGAAGUCUAUGGAUGUGAGCAAUGUGGAAAACCAUUCUAUGAAAAGUCAAAGCUAACCAAACAUCAAAGAGUCCAUACAGGGGAGAAACCCUAUGAAUGUAAUGAAUGUGAAAAAUGUUUUUCUAGGAAAUCUCCCCUCACUUUACAUCAGAGAGUCCACACAGGAGAGAAACCCUAUAAAUGUAAGGAAUGUGGGAAAUGCUUUUCUAGGAAUUCACACCUCAUAUUACAUCAGAGAACUCACACAGGAGAGAAACCCUAUAAAUGUCAGGAAUGUGAGAAACCCUGUGAAUGUAAUGAAUGUGGGAAAUCUUUCUCUAGGAGUUCAUAUCGUAUAAUACAUCAGAGAACUCACACAGGCGAGAAACCCUAUGAAUGUAAGAUAUGUGGCAAAACCUUUUGCCACAAGUCUGAUGCCACUAAACAUCAGAAGACUCACAUAGGGGGAAAACCCUCUGAAUGUAUUCAGUGUGGGAAAACUUUUAGUCAUAACUCAGGCCUAAAAGUACAUCAGAGAACACAUACAAAGGAGAAACCCUAUGAAUGUACUGAGUGUGGGAAAUCCUUCUCUGAGAAAUCAGUCCUCACAGUACAUCAGAGAAUACACACAGGAGAAAAACCUUAAAAUGAAUGUGGAAAAACCUUCUACAAUAAAUCAGACCUAACUAAACAUCAGAGAACACACAUAGGUAAGAAGCCCUAUAAAUGUAAGGAAUGUUGGAAAUUCUUCUCUAGGAAUUCAUACCUUACAAUACACCAGAGGAUGCAUACAGGAGACAAACCCUAUGUGUGUAAAAAAUGUGGGAAAAGCUUCUGCCAUAAGGCAGACUAUACAGUACAUAAGAGAACACACAGAGGGGAGAAAUCUUAUUACUGUAAUGAAUGUGGGAAAACCUUUAUUUGCAACUCAGUCCUCAACUCCCAUCAGAGAAAACACACGGGGGAGAAGCCCUAUGAGUGUAAUGAGUGUGGGAAGUCCUUCUCUGAGAAAUCAGUCCUUACUGUACAUCAGAGAAUGCACACAAGGGAAAAACCUUAUAAAUGUAAUGAAUGUGGGAAGUCCUAUCAUGAGUCAGAUCUCACUAAACAUCAGAGAACACACACAAGGGAGAAACCCUAUGAAUGUAGUCAGUGUGGGAAAAGCUUCAGUUGCAGCUUAGGUCUCAAAGUACAUCAGAGAAGACACACAAGGGAGAAACCCUAUGGAUGUAAGCAGUGUGGGGAAACCCUCUGAGAAAUAAACUCUCAUAGCACAUCCAAGGAUACACAUGGGAAAAAGCUUAUAAAUGUAGAAAUGAGAGAAAUCUUUCUCAAGCAAUUCAUACCUCAAAAUACUUAGGAGAAAUCAAAUAGGACAUGACCCCUGUGAAUGUAAAGAA